AUGAAGCUCUUGAAUUGCGGUGGAACAGUGCAAUUCGAUCACAACAGCUAUCAUCGUCACCUUGAUGGAUUGCAGAAGCUAUCUUUUGGACUUGAUUAUGAGGAGGAGCCAUACAACGGAGAUGACGUGAUCCACCUAUUGCUUGAACAUCACCGGUCGCUCGAUCAUAUUGUCGUCAUUGGUAAUAUUACUGAUGCAGGCGCUCUAUGGCAUGGUCACCAUAUCAAUUCAUCAUGCGAAUUUGGUCGUUUGGAACAAAUUGAAAUCAGUGCUUGCGAUGAAGAAGCUUUUACGCUGACCACUUUCAUCAUCAGCAGAUCACCGCACCUUCAACACAUCAGUAUGGAUCUCUAUGCAGCAAACAAUGAUGGAAUAUGUAAUGCUGUCAAACGAUUGCCCAAUUUGCGCAAGAUUACAGCAAGACAAAUCACACCCGAUUCACCAUCAUUUGAGACGUUGCUUCUCCACCACGCACAGCUGGCCAUGAAGUCGUCUCUAAAGGAAUUGGAGAUAACAUUUCGUAUGAAUGCUUCACAUUUGCCUUGGGUAGCAGCCGUUGCAGGACUUGAAAACCUGGAAAAACUUGUACUCUCGACAGCGCCUACCAAUAACCCUUCAACGUUCGUGUCGAUCUUGGGAAUGCUUGGCAAGGGAUGCCCUUCUUUGGAGUACCUAUAUUUGGAUUGCUUUCGUUCUACAAUACCUGAUGGAGCCAUCGCACAAAUGAAGCAUCAUCCAACACUGAAACGUCUCCAUGUGCGUGCAUCAACCAUCAGUGAUAGCGACAUCAUCAGCCUUUUAUCAUUCACGAAUCUCAAGCAUGUUGUCAUCGUUUCCACAUUGAAGGAUUACCUUUUCGACUUGUUGAAGAAGCAUAUUGCACACGUUGAACAAAGGCGCUGGUGA